UCACAGCAACAUCGUUUUUGUCUUCAACAGUUUCUCAGGCGAGUUGCCUCAACGCCUAAUACCAAGGCCGCAAUUGAAGACGCUAUCAACAAAACCAAGAAGACUGACAACAAGGGCAACAGGAAUACAGGGCUAUCGGCCAGUACCAAAUCUAGUGGUUCAAUUCGUUCUGUAAUGACUACAUCCUCAAUGACAACUACCGCAACAGAUACAACCAUCAAUGGCAGUGGCAGCGGCACCAGUAGUAGUAACAGCAGCAGCCAUGGUUCACCGACGUUUAUCGGAGGGAGCCAUCUUUCCAUCCCAAAAAGUUUUAAUGGAUCAGCACUUGACUUGAGGAGAGGUGCUUUUCGUCGAACAUACUCUUCAAACUCCAUUAAGAAAAAGUCUGUUGAGGUAUCGCCAAGCAGUUUUGUCAAGAUCCGUUUAUUAGGUAAAGGAGACGUCGGGAAGGUCUAUCUAGUACGCCAAAAGGACACUGAUCGUCUCUAUGCUAUGAAAGUGCUCUCAAAGAAGGAAAUGAUUAAGCGUAACAAGAUUAAGCGGGCAUUCGCAGAGCAAGAAAUCCUGGCAACAUCCAACCAUCCAUUCAUUGUCACAUUAUACCAUUCCUUUCAAUCGGAAGACUAUCUAUAUCUUUGUAUGGAAUACUGCAUGGGAGGAGAAUUUUUUCCAUUGCAAACAAGGCCUGGAAAAUAUCUUUUGGAGGAAGAUGCAAAGUUUUAUGCCGCAGAAGUCAUUGCUGCAUUGGAGUAUCUCCAUCUAAUGGGCUUUAUUUACCGUGAUUUAAAGCCGGAGAAUAUUUUAUUGCAUCAGACAGGACAUAUCAUGUUGACAGACUUUGAUUUGUCAAAGCAGUCGUCACCAGCAGGAGAACCAACUGUGGUGAAAACUGGAUCACCUUCUACACCACCAGCAAUUGAUACAAAAUCCUGUAUUGCUAACCUUAGAACAAACAGUUUUGUCGGGACCGAAGAAUAUAUUGCACCAGAGGUUAUUAAAGGAUGUGGGCACACUUCCGCUGUGGACUGGUGGACUUUGGGGAUUUUGAUGUAUGAAAUGCUUUUUGGAGUGACUCCGUUCAAGGGCAAGGAUAGGAACGCAACCUUUCAAUCGAUCUUGCAUACAGACGUUCAAUUCCCGGAUCAUCCAGGAGCGCAGCCUAUCUCCUCAUUAUGCAAAUCCGUGAUUCGAAAGUUGCUAAUCAAAGAUGAUCAGCUCCGGUUAGGAUCUAAGGCGGGAGCAAGCGAUGUGAAGUCACAUCCGUUUUUCAAGACAACCAACUGGGCCUUGCUUAGACACUUGCCACCACCCAUCAUACCACAACCUUCAUUCGGUGAGGAUGCAGUCAAUUUUAGGGAGAUGCAAGAGUCUGUUAGUCUAGAUAUUGAAGGCGAGGAGCUGGUGCUUCAACAAUCUGGAGCCAAGAAUUUGUUUGCCAACUUUAGUUCAGUUACUCUGCACCACGAUGGCGACGAUGAUUUGUAAUCACAAGCCUGUACUAUUUUGGAGGACAAUUUCCAAAAAAAAAAAAUAAUAAAAAAAGCG